ACGUGUUAUCAUCUUCCCUUCGCAAUUGACUUCUACAGUUCUACUCUCACUAAAAUAUCCAGCUGCCUCUAAGCUCAAAAUGAAUCGCACUCUGCAGCAAACGAAGCAGAUCUGAGUAAGAGAGUGUCGAUGAAUGUGUAAAUCGAUUACACUUUCAAAUGUAUAAGGUAAGUCAUAAUUAUAGAUCCAAAUUGUUGUUUAUAUAGGUAUACACAUCUUCUCAGAUUUGCCAAAACCCUAGUUAUUUAUCGCUAGAAUACUCCAUUUUGUUUAUUUAUUGUGUCCGUUUAAUUCGAGAAAAAAAAUGAUGCUUGGGCGUAGUUUACCAUCGCGAUCUGGUAGUUUCCGGCCGGAGAAUCUAGGUCAAAACGCCUUGGCUUUAAUCGGAAACGUCUUCUUCACGUUUUUUGUAAUCGGUGUUUUAGUCUUCACGAUUAUCGCCGCGACCUAUGAACCUGAGGAUCCAUUGUUUCAUCCUUCAACUAAAAUCACAAACUUCCUCACUUCCACUUCCAAUGCCACAUUUGUAUCCGAUAGCACCGUCGUGAAAACCGGCGAGGACUUCAUGAAGGCCAACGAAACUGCAUUUGGCACAUUUAUCAACGCUUCCGAUGUUAUCAAGGCGGCGAAAUGGGAUGCGGAAGGUGAGACCGAAGAAAAGGAAGCACGCGAUUGUAGUGACGAGGUUGAUAAACCUAUAGAUUGUACAGAUCCAGAAGUUUUUCAUCUCAUGAUGAGUGCUGCGAUCGAUCAGUUCAAGGAUAUACAUUUCUACAGAUUUGGGAAACCCGUUCGUGGAAUGAACGACAGUUCUUGUCACAUGGCAUGGCGAUUCAGACCUAAAGAAGGAAAAACCGCUUCACUUUACAAAGACUACCGGAGCUUUGUAAUCUCUAGAUCUGUCAAUUGCAGCCUUAGUGUAGUCUCCAUCGGUGAUUAUCAUUCAGGAGGUAACGCAAGGAAGAGGAAGAAGCAUCAGAAACCCGGAUUUGAGAAAACCCCAAUGGGAGAAGAUGAUAAGAACAGUGGGAUACAAGUGGUUGGAGAAACUGUAAACGACUCCCUCCCUGUUGUUGAAUCAGAGAAAUCAUUCGAUCAAGGUAAGUACCUACUCUACAAUGGCGGUGGAGAAAGAUGCAAGAGCAUGGAUCAUUACCUAUGGAGUUUCAUGUGUGCUUUAGGUGAAGCUCAGUACUUAAACAGAACUUUAGUAAUGGACUUAAGUAUCUGUUUGUCAUCUGUUUACACAAAGUCAGGUCAAGAUGAAGAAGGUAAAGACUUCAGAUUCUACUUUGACUUCGAGCAUUUGAAGGAGUCUGCUAGUGUGUUGGACCAAGGUCAAUUCUGGUCAGACUGGAACAAAUGGCAUCAAAAAGAUGGAUUAAGUAUUUCCCUAGUGGAAGAUUUCAGAGUAACUCCCAUGAAAAUGGCUCAUGUGAAGGACACUUUGAUAAUGAGAAAAUUCGGAAGUGUAGAACCUGAUAAUUAUUGGUACAGAGUAUGUGAAGGUGAAGCAGAAUCUGUUAUUCAAAGACCAUGGCACAUGAUAUGGAAAUCAACAAGAUUAAUGAACAUAGUUUCAUCAAUAUCUUCAAAAAUGAACUGGGAUUUCGAUUCUGUUCAUGUUGUAAGAGGUGAAAAAGCUAAAAACACAGAACAAUGGCCGAAUCUUGCUUCGGAUACUUCACCUGAAGCUCUUUUAUCAUCCCUUCAAGAUAAAGUUGAUGAUGGAAGGAAUCUUUAUAUAGCAACUGAUGAACAAGAUGUUUCCUUUUUUGACCCUUUGAAAGAUAAGUAUUCUACUCAUUUUCUUGAUGAAUAUAGAGAGUUAUGGGAUGAAAACAGUGAGUGGUAUAGUGAGAUGAGUAAGCUGAAUAAUGGUGUUCCUGUUGAGUUUGAUGGAUAUAUGAGGGCUUCUGUUGACACUGAGGUGUUUUUGAGGGGUAAAAAGCAAAUUGAGACGUUUAAUGAUCUUACUAGAGACUGUAAGGAUGGGAUUAACACGUGCACUAUAUCAGCUAGCUGACGUCAUCAUCACACUUUGUAGUAUUUUGUAUUAUGUGAAAAUUUCGACUUGUGUCUUUUUUUUUUUUAAAUUAUAAAUUAUGUUUCUGUUUUUAGAAGAUUUGUUCUUGAACAGGUAGUUUGAUGUUUUAAGAAGUAUUCCAAUAGUAUUUUUACUUUCUAGAAAAGUCUCAAACUUUUAUACUUUCCACUUUGUGGACAUUAUUAUGUCUUGAUUCGGUUUUUGUUUA